UCCUACUUCAUCGCCAUGAAUCUGUUGGGGCUGAACUGGCAGCUGAAACCUGUGGUUGGUCCCAUGCUGAACAACGGCUUGGGAGCCGGGCUGCCCAGCAACAGUGACGCAGCAACAGCGCCCUCUGGAAGCAGAGGGCCAUGGGCUGCUCGUAACAGCAGCAUAGAUAUGGGCAGCCUAGAGGUGGGCAGGCGCGUGACCCAGGAGGUGCCGCCCGGGGUGUUCUGGAGAUCCCUGAUGCACCUCAGCCAGCCUCAGUUCCUCAAGUUCAACAUCUCCUUGGGCAAGGAUGCACUCUUCGGGGUUUACAUUCGCAAAGGGCUGCCGCCGUCCCAUGCACAGUAUGACUAUAUGGAGCGUUUGGAUGGAAAGGAGAAAUGGAGCGUAGUGGAGUCGCCCCGUGAGAGACGCAGUAUUCAGACGGUGGUUCUGAACGAGGCCGUGUUUGUACAGUAUCUGGACCCCGGCACAUGGCACCUAGCUUUCUACAACGACGGCAAGGAGAAGGAAUCGGUCUCCUUUAGCACAGCUGUUCUGGACUCUGUGCAAGAGUGUCCCCGCAACUGUCAUGGUAACGGAGAGUGUGUGUCAGGAGUAUGUCACUGUUUCCCGGGGUUCCAUGGCAUGGACUGCUCGAAAGCGGCGUGUCCAGUCCUAUGCAGUGGAAACGGUCAGUAUGACAAGGGAUCGUGUAUCUGCUAUAGUGGAUGGAAGGGUCCGGAAUGCGAUGUUCCCAUCAGCCAGUGCAUCGACCCCCAGUGUGGCAGUCAUGGCGCGUGCACAGAGGGCACAUGUGUUUGUUCUCUGGGCUACAAAGGAGAGAAUUGCGCUGAGGUUGACUGCCUGGAUCCAACCUGCUCAAAUAAUGGCAUUUGUGUAAAUGGGGAGUGCCACUGUAAACCAGGCUGGGGUGGACCAAGCUGUGAGCUGCCCAGAGCACAAUGCCCAGAUCAGUGCCACGGUCAUGGUGCUUUUAUUCCAGACACAGGCGUCUGUAGCUGUGACCCCAAUUGGAUGGGCCCUGAUUGUUCUGUCGAGGUUUGCUCAGUUGACUGCGGGACACAUGGCGUAUGCAUGGGUGGCUCGUGCCGUUGCGAGGAGGGCUGGACGGGUGCAGCGUGUGACCAGCGUGUGUGUAACCCACUCUGUGUGAAGCACGGCACCUGUAAAGAUGGGAAGUGCGAGUGUGAACAGGGCUGGAACGGAGAACAUUGCACCAUCGAUGGCUGUCCGAACCGAUGUAAUGGAAAUGGACAGUGUCUGCUGGGUCAAAACAGCUGGCACUGUGAAUGCAAGACUGGAUGGAGAGGCAGCGGCUGCAAUGUCGCCAUGGAGACUUCAUGUGCAGACAACAAAGACAAUGAAGGAGAUGGUCUGACUGACUGUAUGGAUCCAGACUGCUGUAUCCAAAGUCCCUGCCAGAACAGUCCGCUUUGUAGAGGGUCCAGGGAUCCCUUACAGGUCAUUCAGCAGGGCCAGCACCCUGAGCAGAAAGUCCGCUCCUUCUAUGACCGUGUCAAGAUGCUAGUGGGCCGGGACAGCACGCAUAUAAUCCCUGCAGACAAUCCAUUUAACGCAAGUCUGGCAUCACUGAUCAGAGGGCAGGUGGUGACAACAGAUGGAACCCCACUGGUGGGAGUUAAUGUGUCGUUUGCGAAGUACCCGCAGUACGGCUACACCCUCACACGCCAGGAUGGAACAUUUGACCUCAUUGCCAAUGGUGGAGCCUCUCUCACCCUCCGAUUCGAGCGGGCUCCAUUUUUGGGUCAAGAGCGCACAGUGUGGCUCCCAUGGAACAUUUUCUAUGCCAUGGACACUCUGAUGUUGAAGACAGAAGAGAACACAAUCCCGAGCUGUGACCUCAGCGGCUUUGUGAGGCCUGAUCCUGUGGUGGUGGCCUCCCCCCUUUCCUCUUUCUUCAGUUCCAGGCCAGGAGAGAGGUCCAUCAUUCCAGAGACACAGGUUCUGCAUGAGCAGCUAGAGAUUCCUGGCACCAGUCUGAAGCUCUGUCACCUGAGUUCACGGACCUCAGGUUACCGCUCCUUGCUCAAGAUCACCAUGACUCAAGCCGUGGUGCCACUCAGCCUGGUCAAAGUCCAUCUGAUGGUUGCCGUGGAGGGCCAUCUCUUCCAGAAGUGGUUCCACGCUUCACCCAACCUCGCCUACACCUUUAUCUGGGACAAGACCGAUGCAUACGGUCAGCGUGUCUACGGCCUCUCUGAUGCAGUGGUCUCUGUGGGGUAUGAAUAUGAAUCAUGUCCUAGUCUAGUGCUGUGGGAGAAGAGGACGGCUAUGCUUCAAGGCUAUGAGCUGGAACCUUCCAAUCUGGGCGGAUGGUCUCUGGACAAACACCAUAUACUCAACCUGCGCAGUGGCAUCCUUCAUAAGGGCAGCGGUGAGAACGUCUUUGUGUCCCAGCAGCCACCCAUCAUCACAAGCAUCAUGGGUAAUGGGCGUCGACGAAGCAUCUCUUGCCCGAGCUGUAAUGGCCUGGCUGAUGGAAAUAAGCUGUUGGCACCUGUAGCCCUGGCAGCAGGCAUUGAUGGCAGCCUCUACGUCGGAGACUUGAAUUUCGUACGCAGAGUUUAUCCCAACCUCAAUACCACACGCAUACUGGAGCUCAGAAAUAAGGAUUUUCGACACAGUAACAACCCGACUCAUAAGUACUUCUUGGCUGUGGACCCAGUCUCUGGGGCUCUGUUCAUCUCUGACACAAAUUCUCGGCGAAUCUACAAGGUGCGAUCGCUCACAGGGGGAAGACUGCUGGCCGACAAUGCCGAUGUGGUGGCGGGCACAGGAGAACAGUGCCUGCCCUUCGACGAGAGAUGCGGGGACGGGGGCAAAGCUGUAGAAGCCACUCUAAUGAGCCCCAAAGGUAUUGCUGUAGAUAAAAACGGGCUUAUGUAUUUUGUGGACGCCACCAUGAUUAGGAAGGUGGAUCAAAACGGCAUCAUCUCUACUCUCCUGGGCGCCAAUGACCUCACUGCUGUGCGCCCACUGAGCUGUGAUUCCAGCAUGGAUGUCAGUCAGGUACGCUUGGAGUGGCCCACCGACUUGGCAGUUAACCCCAUGGAUAACUCUCUGUAUGUGCUAGAGAACAACGUUAUCCUACGCAUCACUGAAAACCACCAAGUGAGUAUCAUCGCAGGGCGUCCCAUGCACUGCCAGGUGCCUGGCAUUGACUAUUCCCUUAGCAAACUGGCCAUCCACUCCGCCCUGGAGAGCGCCACGGCUAUCGCCAUCUCCCAUACAGGUGUGCUUUACAUCACCGAGACAGACGAGAAGAAGAUCAACCGUGUUCGGCAAGUUAGCACCAACGGAGAGAUGUCACUUCUGGCUGGCGCUGCGUCGGAGUGCGACUGCAAGAAUGACGUCAACUGUAACUGCUUUGCAGGAGACGAUGAAUACGCUACGGAUGCCAGCCUUAACUCCCCCAUGUCUCUGGCCGUCUCACCGGAUGGCACGCUUUACAUUGCAGACCUCAAUAACAUUCGGAUCCGUGCUGUGCGCACUAACCGACCAGGGCCUUCAGCGCUGGGCCGAUAUGAGGUUGCGUCCCCUCAGGAACAAGAGCUGUAUGUGUUUAACGAGGAGGGUCUCCACCUACAGACCAUCAGUCUUGUGACGGGUCUGCCCCUCUACAACUUCAGCUACGGCCCUGAUGGAGAGCUGGCCACAGUGGUGGAUAACUGCAAUAAUACAGUGAAAGUGCGGAGGGACGGGGCAGGGCAGGGUGGAGCGGGACUGCUCAGGCUCAUCCUGCAGCCUGAGAAUCAGGUGGUUACGCUGGGACUGGAUCCUGCAGGAAGCCUGCGCUCCAUCUCUGCUCUCAACCAGGAGAUCGUUCUGCUGGGAUACAAUGGAAACACUGGCCUGUUGGCGACCAAGGCUGAUGAGACUGGCUGGACAACCUUUUAUGAGUAUGACAGUGAAGGGAGACUAACCAAUGUGACGUACCCCACGGGGAUGGUUACAAGUCUGCAUAGGGAGAUCGAAAAAUCCAUCAAUAUUGACAUCGAGAGCUCCAACAGAGAUGAUGACAUCACUGUUAUCACUAAUCUUUCGUCAGUAGAAGCUUCUUAUACUGUUGUGCAAGAUCAAGUACGAAACAGCUACCAACUGUGUAACAAUGGCACUCUGAGAGUAAUGUAUGCCAAUGGGAUGGGCAUCAGCUACCACACUGAGCCCCAUAUCUUGGCAGGAUCAGUGAGUCCCACCAUCGGCCGGAGGAACAUCACCCUUCCCACUGAUAACAGUCUGAACUCCAUUGAGUGGAGGCUGCGCAAAGAACUGUCCAAGGGCAAGGUCACUGUGUUUGGCAGGAAACUUCGGGCACAUGGGCGCAACCUCCUGUCGAUAGAUUUUGAUAGGAACACACGGACUGAGAAGAUCUAUGACGACCAUAGGAAGUUCACCCUGAGAAUCACGUAUGAUGCCCAGGGCAGGCCAGCGAUAUGGCAGCCGAGCAGCAGCCUUGCAGUGGUGAAUGUGUCUUACUCCAGCACAGGCCAGCUAGUGGGGCUGCACCGAGGGAGUAUGAGUGAGAGGACGGAGUUUGACCCACAGGGCCGAAUCCUCUCACGCUCUUUUGUGGAUGGAAAGGUCUGGAGCUACAGUUACCUGGACAAGUCCAUGGUGCUGCUCCUGCAGAGUCAGAGACAAUACAUCUUUGAAUUCGAUGCCUCUAACCGCAUCACGGCUGUCACCAUGCCUAGCGUUGCCCGUCACACCAUGUUCACUCACGUCUCCAUCGGCUACAUCCGCAACACCUACAACCCGCCAGAGAGCAACGCGUCCAUCAUCUACGACUUCAGCGAGGACGGGCGUCCCCAGGCCGCCUACUUCCUGGGUACUGGCCGUCGCGUCCUCUACAAAUACGGCAAGCUGGCCAAGCUCUCCGAGAUCUUGUAUGACAGCACAGCCAUCACCUUUGGCUACGAUGAGACAGCCGGCGUGCUAAAAAUGGUCAACUUGCAAAGCGGUGGCUUUUCGUGCACGAUUCGCUAUCGUAAAAUGGGUCCCCUGAUCGACAAACAGAUCUAUCGCUUCUCGGAGGAAGGUAUGGUGAACGCGCGCUUCGACUACACCUACCAUGACAAUAGUUUCAGAAUCGCAAGCAUGAAGCCAGUAAUCAGCGAGACGCCACUUCCUGUGGAUCUAUACCGCUACGACGAGAUCUCUGGAAAAGUGGAGCAUUUUGGAAAGUUUGGAGUCAUCUACUACGACAUCAAUCAGAUAAUCACCACUGCCGUCAUGACCCUCAGCAAGCAUUUCGAUGCUCACGGACGAAUCAAAGAGGUUCAGUACGAGAUCUUCCGCUCUCUCAUGUACUGGAUGACGGUGCAGUACGACAACAUGGGCAGAGUAAUCAAGCGAGAGCUAAAGAUCGGCCCGUACGCCAACACCACUCAGUACCGCUAUGAAUACGAUGGUGAUGGACAGCUCAGUGGUGUCAAGGUGAACGAUUGGUCCACUUGGCGCUACAGCUACGACUUAAACGGCAACCUACACCUGCUCAACCCGGGCAACAGCGCCCGACUCAUGCCGCUCCGCUAUGACCUACGAGACCGCAUCACACGGCUCGGUGACGUGCAGUACCGUCUGGACGAAGACGGUUACCUCAGUCAGAGGGGCGGUGACGUGUUUGACUACAACUCUAAAGGCCAGCUGGUGCGCGCCUAUAGCCGUGCAGCUGGAGUAUGGAGUGUCCAGUACCGUUACGAUGGACUUGGACGCAGGGUGUCUACUAAGAACAGUCUGGGUCAGCACCUCCAGUUCUUUUAUGCUGACCUGAACAACCCGACUCGGGUCACACAUGUGUUCAACCACUCCAGCUCAGAAAUCAGCUCUUUGUACUAUGACCUGCAGGGCCAUCUGUUUGCCAUGGAGGUGAGCAGUGGGGAGGAGUACUACAUUGCCUCUGACAACACUGGUACGCCACUGGCUGUCUUCAGCAGCAACGGGCAGAUGAUAAAACAGGUGCAAUACACCGCUUAUGGGGAGGUGUACCACGACUCCAACCCUGAGUUCCAGCUCGUCAUCGGCUUCCACGGUGGGCUUUAUGACACGCUAACCAAGCUGGUGCACUUCACACAUAGAGACUAUGAUGUUUUAGCGGCCAGAUGGACAUCGCCUGAUUACACCAUGUGGCAGAAGAUCGGAAAAGAACUGGCACCCUUCAACCUGUACAUGUUCAAGAAUAACAACCCUCUCAGUGAUAUGCUGGAUGUCAAGAAUUAUGUCACAGAUGUGAAGAGUUGGCUGGUCAUGUUUGGCUUCCAGCUUAGCAACAUUAUCCCAGGCUUUCCCAGACACAUACACUAUUUCGUGGAUCCGCCGUAUGAGCUCUUCGCCAGUCAAGAAAGUGAAAAUGGGCAGCUGAUAACUGGAGUUCAGCAGGAAGCCGAACGGCACAACCAAGCGUUCAUGGCUCUGGAGGGACGGCUUCUUGACAAAGAGCGCAAGACCAAACAUGAGAAACCAGGCCACUGGUUUGGCACGAGUACGCCCAUCAUUGGACGAGGAGUGAUGCUGGCAGUGAAAGAAGGCCGCGUGGUCACAGGGGUCUCCAGCAUGGCCAGCGAUGACAGCAGGAAGGUGGCUCUAGUGCUCAAUAACGCCAUCUACUUAGACGGGACGCACUACACGCAGGAUGGCCAUGACUGUCAUUUCUUCAUGAAGAUAGGCUCAGCUGACAGUGACCUUCUAGCUUUGGGACUCACCAAUGGACGCUCGGCACUGGAAAGCGGGAUCAACGUGACGGUAAGCGGUCGCUCGCGACGAGGGAUCACCGUUGAGUUCCGGGUUCCAGCUCUUUCUCUAAGCGUGCGUUACGGUUUGGCGUCGGACGUCCUGGAUGAGGAGAGAGCCCGGCUGUUGGAGUUGGCGCGGCAGAGGGCGUUAUUGGGAGCCUGGCUGCGAGAGCAGCAACAGGCACAGGAUAAUAAAGAGGGAAGCCGCUUGUGGACUGAAGGAGAGAGACAGCAGCUCCUUUCAACAGGGAAAGUACAGGGGUACGACGGGUACUACAUUUUACCCGUGGAACAGUAUCCUGAACUAGCGGACAGCAGUUUCAACAUCCAGUUCCUGAGACAGAAUGAGAUGGGGAAGAGGUAACAGUCCAAACGUCUGUUAUCCUGUUUCUUUAUAUUUCGCUUUCUCUCCGCUUAUACCUUUACCGUUUUCUGUUUUUUUUUCUCGAUCUUUUUCUCUCUCUUACUCCGUCUUUCUCUUUUUCCCUUGCUUUUUUUUCUGUUAUCUCCUGAACCCACGGAGAAUAAUUGAACUAAUGGGGAAACUCACUGAACGCUGCAGGGACUUUUAAAAGAAGAACAUUUAAAAACUUUGUUAAUACUGCCUCUGGCAAAAAAAGAACAAUUUGAAAGACCUCGUCUUUGUUUUUCAACAAUGGACGUCAAAAAGCACUGAGAAACUGAAAAACAAAGCAGAGCUACUUUUGCAGAAAUAUGAAAAAUCCCCUUUUUAAAAAAGAAUAGAUAUUUUGACCCAUAUUUUUUGGGUUACCGAGAGGAUGUUGGUGCCAGAUGGUACGCUUGUGAUCUGGAUCGGAGAGGUGCUGCGAGUCUCACGCGCCGCAGGAGAGGCCCAGUCUCGACGUCAGAACUGAGGAGUAACAUCCAUCAAGAGAAAUGUCAGUCUCAGGCCUCACAUUCUUCACAGCUAAACUGUCAGUUGCCACUGCAGCAAGUCCCAUCAUCUACAGACUGUUUCUUUAAGAAAAUUCCAGUGGAGUAAAAGUGAUGAAAACAACCAAGUCUGAUAUAGUUUGUUUCAUCACUGAUAGAAAAGUACUUGCAUUGUAUCUGAUAACAGUGAAGUUCUGAGUGUGCUUUAGAUGCGAUAGUUUUGUACGUCCCAGUCGCAUUAGAGUAACGAGACCUUCACCAGGGCACUUCUGUAUAGAGAUAUCAGAAAAA